AUGGAGAAAAAGGCGGAGAAAAACAAUCUUUCUAAACUUGCGACAUUAGACGACUUUGAGGAUGUAGACCCUCUUGGUGAUGAUAUUGAUAUGGAUGAUAUUGGAGCUAAAGCUGUACCGCCUAUAAGUACAAGUGCAAGUUCUAGAUCAGUGAAUAUGCAAAAAAGGCCAAGACAAAUAGGUCCAAUGGAUAUGUAUUUUGCUCCUAAUGUGCAAAAAAAUGUUGAAAGUCGAAAGGGUAAAGAGAGGCAAACUACGAUAAAUGAGGCAUACAAGAAAGAAUUGAGAGAAAAAACUUGUAUGGCUAUAACUGAGUGGAUGUAUGAUGCGGCAAUUCCUUUUAAUGCCGUUAACUAUUCAAGCUUCAAAAGGAUGUUGGACUUGGUUGGCCAAUAUGGUAUAGGUCUAAAAGGACCUAGUUAUCAUGAGGUGCGGGUUCCUUUUCUAAAAAAGGCUGUUGAUAGUGUGACUAAUGAUUACAUUAAGUCGUGUGAAACAGAAUGGGCAAAGUAUGGUUGUAGUUUGAUGGCAGAUGGGUGGACAGACAAAAGGCAGAGGACGUUGAUUAAUUUUUUAUUGCUUGAUCGAUUUGUGGAGCGUGUAGGAGAAGUAAAUGUUAUUCAAGUUGUUACGGAUAGUGCAAGUAACAAUGUGCUUGCUGGAAAAUUAUUAGAGGCAAAAAGGCCACACUUGUAUUGGACUCCUUGUGCUGCCCACUGCGUCGACUUGAUCUUAGAAGAUAUUGGAAAACUGCCUGAUUUUAAAGCAACAUUGAAGAAGGCAAUGAGUGUGAAUGCUUACAUUUAUGAUUGGACAGAGAGUAAAUGGGCAAAAGAAGUGGCAGGGAAGAAGGUAGCUAAAAUCAUCAUGACACUUAGAUUUUGGAGCAGUAUUGUGCAUAUUUUAAAGAUAUAUGGCCCUUUAGUCCGUGUUCUGAGACUGGUUGAUGGCGAAAGAAAACCUGCAAUGGGCUAUAUUUAUGAGGCUAUGGAUAGGGCAAAAGAAACAAUUAUUAAGGCCUUUAAGGAGAAAGAAGAGAAAUACAAAGAAGUGUUUGAGAUCAUUGAUAAGAGAUGGGAAUGUCAACUUCAUCGGCCUCUGCAUGCUGCAGGACAUUAUUUGAAUCCAGAAUAUUUUUAUUCAUACACAGAUUCAAAUAUCUGUGGAGAAGUGGUGAAUGGUUUGUUUGAAACUAUGGAGAGAUUGGUUUCAAAUGCUGCCGAGCAAGAUAAAAUCACUGCCCAACUCUCUAUAUAUCGAAAGGCAGAAGGACUAUUUGGGAGAAAUGUGGCAAUUAGACAUAGAAGAGCAUUAUCUCCAGCAGAAUGGUGGGAAUGCUACGGAGCAAAUACCCCAGAAUUACAAAAGUUUGCUAUUAAAGUGCUUAGUCUCACUUGUAGUGCUUCUGGUUGUGAGCGUAAUUGGAGUGUAUUUGAGCAGAUUCACAGCAAAAAAAGGAAUAGGCUAGCUCAGCAGCGCUUAAAUGAUUUGGUAUUUGUGAAAUACAAUCGUGCCUUAAAACUUCGAUAUGACGCACGUGAUAAGAUUGACCCCAUAUCUUUGACAGAUAUUGAUGAUAGCCUACAAGACAUGACUGGAUGUGAAACUGUUAGAGUCUCUGAGUUUCUGCAUCUUUGGCAAUCUGAGUGGGAGAUUAAGCAAACAUGCAGCAGCUUGUAUACAGAUUCUUCUCUAUUCUGGUUUGUCUUGAAUAGACACGUCCUGGGUGAACCAUCAGAAUGUUGGUUGCAAGGCACCACUCCAUAUUUGACUAAGUUCGAUCAUGCUCUGGUUGUGCAUCCAUCAGGUGGACUUUCUGGGAAUCUCUUUGGACCGCUGGAAGGAGACUACGCCGGCUGGCAGAGCAUUGUAGCAAUUCUUCAGCAAUUUUGCACAGUGCAGAUCACUCCAAUCGGGAAGAAUUCACUGUAG